AUGGCCGACAACACAGAGGGCACCGGUGAUGCCCAGGUCACCUUCAAGGUGAAGACGGGACAGGAUAGCAAUCAUACCAUCACCAUGCCCGAGUCCGCCUCCGUGUUGGACCUCAAGACCAAAUUGGCCGGCCAAGACUUUGAGAACGUCCCCGUCGAGCGCCAGCGCCUCAUCUACUCUGGCCGCGUCAUGAAGAACGACGACACCCUAGGCACCUACAAGAUCAAGCCCAACAACACCAUUCACAUGGUUAAGAGCGCCGCCAGCAACCCGGCGCCUCAACCAGCCGCUACAGCCUCAACACCCGCUGCCCCUGCCGUGCCUUCCAACAUGGCUGCCGGCACCGCGAACAACAUCCUCGCUGGCCUGACUGGAGCCAGAUACGCCGGUCACAUCAAUCUGCCCAGUCGCGAGACUUUUGGGGCCGACGGAGGCAUGGGUGCCCCGCCAUCCGACGACCAGCUGGCCCAGAUGCUUUCCGAUCCCUCCAUGCUCCAGACCAUGAACGCCGCUCUCGACAACCCAGACUUCAUCAACUAUAUGAUCCAGAGCAACCCCCACUUGCGCAACGUGCCCAAUGCUCGAGAGAUCAUUCAGUCGCCUUUCAUGCGCCAAAUGAUGACCAACCCGGACAUGCUCCGCAAUGUCAUGAGAAUGCAGCGCAAUAUGGCCGGAGGAGGUGGCAACGCCGCGUUCCCGGCGCCUGGCACAACCGACACCACACCUGCUGAGGCUGCAGCAGCUGGUGCCAACACCAACAACGCCGCUCCCUUCGGCUUCCCUGGAGGUCUCCCGGGUAUGCCGGGUCUCGGCGGUAUGGAGGGGCUUGGCGACCUCGGUGCGCUGUUUGGUCCUGGCAGUCCCUUUGCGCCUCAGCAACCCGGAGCCACCCCUGGUGCCGGCGCGGCAACCGGGGGCAACGCGCAGGCUCCGGCAGGUGCAGGUGCAGGUGCUACUGGGACGACGGGAGCGGCGACGGGGGAGCAGGGCGCGAAUGCUACAUCAAGCCCGCCUCCGGCCAACCCUUUCGCUGCACUCUUCGCUCCGCCUCCUUAUGCGGCCCAGGGCCAGAACGCGGCCCAGGGUCAAGGCCAGGUCCCGGCAAACCCCUUUGGUUCUCCUUUCGGCCAGAUCAACCCCGAGAUGAUGCAGCAGAUGAUGAACAUGUGGGGUCUCGGUCAAGGCGGCGCUGCCGGUGGAGGCUCUCCCGCCCCCCCGGACAACCGCCCUCCCGAAGAACGAUAUGCUGAGCAACUGCGCCAGCUCAACGACAUGGGCUUUUUCGAUUUUGAUAGAAACGUGGCGGCCCUGCGCCGCAGUGGUGGAAGCGUGCAAGGCGCUAUUGAGCAUCUUCUUAGCGGCUGA